AUGAUUAGAAACGGCAUAUUUCCUGCAUUUCGUUGGCAAGGAGGCGUAUACGUUGAUCAAAAAUUUAUGGCAAUCCUUGAACAGUGUGGUAGACCAGUGAUCUGCAUUUCCCGUCGACUCUCAAAAGCCGGACGUGGAUAUUCUCAGAUUCAACGAGAAGCACUUGCUGUAUAUUGGGCUGUCAAACGGCUCCAAAAUACAUAG